AUGGAAGGUGAAAACGGUGAUAUUUUGUUAACAAAAAAUUCUGCGGAUUUGGAAGAAAACUCCAAUACUGAAAAUGACAAUUCUGUGAAACCGUUAACUCAUUCGACACCAGUUGUUCUUAAUGGUGGUUUUAAUACCGAUGAAUUUCUAGCCCGUAUAAAUAUGAAUUCCAAAAUUAAUAACAUUUUGAGGUCGCCACCAAAAACUCCGACUGGCAUAAGGCAACGUUCGGUAUACACCACAUCGUCUCAAUUUAAUGCCGGUGCUGCUCCAUUUGUCUCGCAACAACAGCAUCAUCAUCAACGCAAUGCUGAAUCAACAGCUAGCAUGGCAUCUUUUGAUAUGGGACCUAGAGACACAUCAACUCCGACUGGUCACAUGGUUUCCCGACAAUUACCUCUAACAAUGUCACCACAUCCUUAUUGCAGUGCAGGUGCCGGUGGUGGGGGUGGAGGUUAUGAUUCUCCUAUAACCAGUCGUUCGAACAUUUCACGCAAUAGUACAUAUUUAUACAAUACCCGUUAUCCUUUUGUGGCUCAUCCAUCACCAAUCUAUGAAUGUGAAAGUGAUGCAUAUCGUAUGCCUCCUAGCAUGUCACCUCAACAUCAUGCCCAGCAAUUACCCCAACCAAUGCCACCGCCACCAUUUGUUUUGGCCCGCUUGAACAGCAAUCAUCAUCGGGCUGUUGAGUACGAACAUCCAACCCCACCGACUGUACCCUGCACUGGUGCUGGUCCCAUCGCCAUGACAAAUGGUACAAUUCAGCUACGUUUACGUGAUGGUAUACGCAUCGAUAUGACCUUGGAUAAGGCAGUUCGUGUACUAAAUCAACGUAGCAUGGUAGCCAUCGGUCUGUCUAGCAAUAGUAAUAGCUCUGCCCUCAUACAUCCCAAUGGGCGUGUGCUGCAAAGUGGCACAAAAGUAGAGCUGGUAACAUAUGAUGGCAUGAAAACUAAUAAUUAUGUACGCUAUGCAAAAAUGUGGUAUAAGGGCGUCAGUUUCACCAGCGAAACCUGUGCCUUAAUAUAUUUGGUUGAUACUGCUGGAACACGCACAACUACAGAUACAUUUACCGAUCUAACUAAGGACUAUACUCUGACCGUGUUCUAUGACAAUUCACGUCAUGGUCCAUCAUAUGUCCAAGCGGCAAAUGAGGUUAUACAAAAUGCCACAUACUCUUGUACCGACGAUGGAACCGAAACUUAUGACAUCAAUGGUUUCCGUAUUACUCAGGCUGCAGAUGGCUUAGUCAAAUUAACUCGUACUCACAAUAAGUGUUUAAUACGCACAAGUCCUGGCAAUGGAUCGGCAACUUUGACAACAAUGGGCAUACAUUGUACAGCAUCCUUGGGAAAAACUUCACAUUUAUUUGUAAGGCGCAAUGAAAAACGUAUGCAUUUUGAUGGUUCCAGUUUUAUUGUCCGCAAUGCUGGACAUUCGGCUGGCUUUAAUGAAGAUAAUUUAUUAAUUGUUUAUUAACAACGUUAGUGUUUACAAAAACG